AUGGCGCACUCAUUCUCCUAUCCGCGCCUCGAUAGACUCACACCGCCACUCGAGGAGAUUGCCCGCAUAUGGACAGCGCUACGCCCGAUCGACUGCCACUAUAUCGCUGUGUUCGUAGGAGAUGUUCCUUUUUUGGCUACCCGACGUGUAGAUUGGAAUUUCCUCGAGGCCGCCAUCGCAUUCUGGAACCCAAGUCGUGCCGUCUUCAACAUACAAGGUACCAAGCUCGCGCCAACCAUCGAGGAGUACCGGACACUCAUCGGUCGGACUGCAGUUGUCCACGGCAUUGUAGAACCCAACUUCGACACCACCCGACCAACCCUAGUCUCACGCCUACUCGGGGUUCCUACGACCCGUUUGAAUGCUGAACUCGCAUACUCCGGCAGCACGGAGAUUGCAAUUGAGAAACUCCUCCUUUUUAUUGAGUCCCGAGCGCAUAGGGUCCAAGGGGAUUUUCUUCGAAAGGAUUUGUGUCAUGCUGUUCUAUUGCUAAUCUUUGGGACCCUCUUAUUCCCUCGCUCGCAUAGUCUCAUCGAUGCGCCUUUGGCUAGCGUUGUCCUCCAAGUGGUUGGAGGGCGCGGUUACGAGGUAGUCCUUGUGGCUGAGACCGUUCGGUCCCUCGACCGUGUUUUGAGAACACGCGACAGAAGAAUGAGAGGAUCCCCCAUCCUUUUACAAAUUUGGUUUCAAAGUCAUGCAAACCCCUUGGGUUUAGUGCGUCCGGUUAUGUAUUUUAAUGGUCCGGAGUCGAUCAUUUCUCGAUUGCUAUCCCUCGUGCGCGUGGAAGAACGCAAGAUUUCCGAGUGGAUCAAAAUUUUUCGCGAAAUACCACCUAGGGGCUUUAAGUGGCGAGCCGCGUGGAUGCCACCCGGACCCGCGGCCAUUAGGUGCCCUGAUUUUAACGGAGUACCACUCGUAAGUCAUGCGGGGUCCACUACAUAUUUCCCGGCGCGAGUGAUGAGGCAGUUUGGCAUCUUACAGACAGUCCCCGAGGACACGACACGGGCUAAAUUCGAACACACUUGGCGGGAGGAUCAGACAUUCGGGGAGCGCCAAAGAGACAUCGAACGGGUUUUGGACGCAUGGCGAACCGUGGUCAUCGAGCGUUCAUAUUUCCUCGAGCAUCCGACCCUUGAAGAACAGGAUUUCCAGGCUACCGAGGAAUAUGUCCUCUGUUUCUAUCGGUGGGGUCCUACAACACAUGAGGAUUCCACCGACUCUCCACAAGCUGAGGAUAACGGACCAACGGGAGCGUCUCUCACCCCGAACGUGGCCAUCCAAGCGGAGCUUGCUAACAUCAGGGUCGAGAGAGAUCACCUUCGUCGGGAAGUCGCAGAGAAAGACGAGCAGCUUGUGGAUCAGCGGCAAUUACAGAGAGAGCUCGCCCAGGCCCGCGCCGAGCUACAGAGGCCCGAGCAGGAGUUGGCACGAGCGAAUGUCGCCUUGGAGAGGUUCAGGAAGAGAGCCCGUGGAGGUCCACGCACCCCUUAG